CGCUUGCCCUGACCCCCAAAAGACAAUGAAGCGCAAUGCGUGUAAGCUAGAAUGCUUUUAUUGCUGCUGGACUGACUUAUAGUCCAAGAAAUGAUGCAUGCUUCCAAGAAGCACAAGGAAAAAGACGUCCAACGCAUACCAAGAGCUGCAGAGCCAUCUGACAGUAUUGCUGGACCUCGAGCGCUGCUGCAAUAUGUGCUCAAGUCAGUCUCCCUCAUUCUCUGCUUCUGCUGAGACUCUAGACCCGAAACAUUUCCAAGAGCUAUUGUCGUCACCUACAACGAUGACUUUGUCGUCAUCAAGGACAAGUUGUGUGUCGCUACAUCGAGCUAUCGUCUUUGUGUUAACAUUCAGUCCCAAGUCCAUGUUCCAUCUCCUUCUCAUCCCCAGAGACAGGGCAAUCCUUGAUCUUCAUCCAUUUGAAGCAUUGAGUACAGACCUGCUCGACAAGACACGCAUAUAUAUCGAGUCACUCAAACCUCUGUUUGAAAAGGAACUGAUUCGAUUACACAACGGAGCCCGCUCAAAUGGGCUCCCCUGGGCGGAUUAUCUCAAAAUUGGUGUUCAUGCAGUGCCAAGUAUGUCGCAUGUCCAUGUUCACAUCAUGACCAGAGAUUAUAGCACCACCUGGCUUAAGACCAAGAAACAUUACAACUCAUUCGCUGGGUAUGGAUCUUCAUGCUUGUUCUGUACGCAAGCUGACAUAGCAGCAACUUUUUUGUCAAUCUAGACGCUCUUCCUUUGGGUCAAGAUGAUCCGCGGCAUUCGCCAAAGUACGCUGAAGAUUUGCUCAAGGCAGACUUGGUGUGUUGGCGAUGUGGCGACACCUUCAAGACGAUGCCGACACUCAAAGAGCACCUCGCAGUUGAAUGGGCUAGUUAUUUGGAAAGUCAAAAGAAGCUAGAGACACAAGAGACUUCUGAUGCACAGCAACCAUGAUAGCGCAAGAUGUAUGUUCAAUUGCUUCCAUAUGCAUGAUAUAAACAGGUGGCGCGGAGCCAUCUUGGCACCAUGUGCGCAAGAAAGUAUAAACAAGAACAGGGCAUAAAGCCAUAAUAUGUAUAGUGCAGGUCGUAGAAG